UCACGAAUUGGUUGACAAACGUCAGAAGUUGUCAAUAACCAUCACCCAUCACACACAGCUAGCGCGAUUUAGUUUAUUUUAGAAUAAUUAAGUAGAAUAACAAACGUGUGCGUCUUUGUCUUGUAUGGCAUUUUCGUGUUAAGCUCCUGGGAGCGUUAGUGUUCUUGAUGGUUUCGGGUGACGAUUCCAAUGGUGGUCGUUUAUCACGGAAAACUACGAGGUCUCCGAACCGAAAAUCGAAAAAGGCAGAUGCGAACCUAGCAAAGGGUUCAGCGUUGCGACAUGACUCGCAACCUUCAGUUCAUAAAAGAAAUCUUUACGUCGUCUCUUACCCUAUCAUAAUUUUGUUCAACGUCUUAAGAUCUAUUUUGUACCAGUUGUUUAUAAUUUUUAAAUAUUUAUAUUCGGCGUCACACCGGUUUAUGCAUAAGCCUCGUAAGAACGGGGAGUGUAAUUUGGAAGUGGUGGUAAAAGACGGCGUGAUAUCGACUGAGUUAGCUCCAGAAGACAUGUCUCAUACACACAAUGUGGGACCUGGAGACCCUCUGCUGGCAAAGCAGAAGCAUCACCAUCGCAAGGCUUUUGAAUAUAUAUCAAAAGCCUUGAAGAUUGAUGAGGAAAAUGAGGGUCAGAAAGAGCUAGCAAUAGAGCUGUACAAGAAAGGCAUAUAUGAACUGGAGCGAGGUAUAGCCGUGGACUGCUGGGGCGGCCGAGGCGACGCCUGGCAGCGCGCACAGCGCCUCCACGAUAAGAUGAAAACCAACUUGGGAAUGGCAAAGGAUCGAUUACAUUUCCUUGCCAACCUUGUCGCCCUCAGUAAGUUGGGCGUAGAGAGUGAGUCCGAGAGAAGCGACAAAAAACCCACGGAGUCGCCUCUAAAGGGGCGCAGGCCCUUAGAGAAGUCCAAGACGACACUGCUAGCGCAUACAGAAAGUAACAGUGGUCAAACGAAGCCACCGAACGAAGUUGCGGGUCGCAAGCUGACAACCGCGAGUAGACGUGUCCCGAGCAACGGCGGAGGACCCCUCAUGAAGUCCCAGACCCUGCCCAGGUCGAUGGGGCGUUCUUCUUCACAGCCGAACAGUUCAAAUGGAGGCUACGGCCGGUAUCCCUUGAAACCAGCAUCAACGCCUCCAGCGGUUAAACGACAACUUUCGGGAGGUUACCAAGUCCCAGUUAACGGUUCACCGGUCCGCCGUGCGGGCUCGCAGCGCGGCACGCCUACCCGCAGCCGCACGCCGCAGCCGCUCGCAGUCCGCGGUGUCGACCCCAAGCUGGUGCAGCUGAUACUGGACGAAAUUAUAGAAGGCGGUCCUAAAGUACACUGGGAUGAUAUCGCUGGACAAGAGGCGGCUAAACAAGCACUGCAAGAGAUGGUAGUUCUUCCUUCGCUUCGACCGGAGCUCUUUACAGGUCUCCGAUCUCCAGCUAAAGGGUUACUGUUGUUUGGACCUCCAGGAAAUGGUAAAACUUUGCUAGCUCGGUGUGUGGCGGCGGAGUGUUCAGCGACCUUCUUCUCCAUAUCAGCGGCGACGCUCACCAGCAAGUAUGUAGGGGAUGGGGAGAAGAUGGUGCGAGCUCUCUUCCAGGUCGCCAGGGAACUGCAGGUGAGGGGACAUACAACUGACGCUCUCGUAAUUACAGUUUAA